CGACCGGAAACACCAGCUGCCAUUCAAUUUUGUGAGCCUGCAGGAGUUUUGUGCUAAUAUACAGCGUUUUAUUUUGCCACAUAUAAAACGGCAUUUUCAGUUCCGACCUAAACACUUCAUAGCAAGAACAUAAUUAUGUGCAACUGACCGCGGUGUUUACAUUUCAAGUCAUGUCUUUCCAUCAAGACCGUGGCACCCCCAGAAGUGGAGGAGGAGGAGGAAUGCCCCCUGACCAAAACUACCGACCUGCCAACCUGAGGCCCCCGCAGCCUCCCCUGGCCCCGUACACCUAUGACCCCCAAACUCCUCCCACACCAGGCUACCAUGGCAACAGCAGCUACAUGCCUCCCCACCCGGACUUCAUGCAAUAUCCGCCUCCGCCGCCACCCCAGACUCCCGCUUCUCUUCACCCUUGCUCCGUGCGUCCGCCCUUCCCCAAGCUGCCCGUGGGAGGCUUCCCCGACCCCCCACCCAGUUUUCCGCCGCCUCCUCUGCCCUUAGUCGCCGGCGCUUCCCCCCAGGUGACGCAGCAUGCCUACCACUCGUACAUGAUGCCGCCCGUGCCUCUCCCGCCAAUGCCUCCCCCGCCCAUGCCUCCCCCCAUGAGUUACCCGCCUCCGUACGCCAUGGGCUACCCUCCUUUCCCUCCUCCUGGCUUCAGCCCCGGCUACGCCCCCAGCCCCACGUCAUUCAAAGCCGACCAGAGCUUCCACCGCAGGGGGCCGUACAAGUACGAGAAACCCGGCGACGGCAGGCGGUCCCCCGAUAGAGGAUAUCGCCACGACGACCACCGGCAGAGGGGCUACGGGGACAAACAAGAGAGGAAGGACCGCGGCAGAAGUCCAGACAGACACGGACGAUCCGACGGCGGGAGGUACAGGUCCCACUAUGACAGAGAACGAUCCCCUGGAAGACACCGCAGCCGGGAUCAUAGCAGAGAGCGCUAUCGACACAGAGAGAGUCGUAGAUCCCAGUCGCCUGACCGACACAGAAAGAGGCCUCGCAGCCGCUCCACAAGCAGAGACCGGAAGCGCGGCCGCUGGGAGGAGGAGAGGGAUCGCAGGUCCGAGGCCUCGUCAGUUGUGAGCCGAGACCGCGGCUACUCCUCCACCCGUAGCCGAGAAUCCGAGGAGAGCGUCGCCGACCGAGAGCGGGAAGCCGAGCGGGAAAAGGAGAAAGUGGACGAAGAGAAGGAGGAAGAAGACCUGCUGAAGCCCGCCUGGAUCCGCUGCACCCACGCUGAGAACUAUUACUCCAACGACCCCAUGGAUCAAGUGGGGGAUUCCACAGUGGUCGGGACGAGUAAACUGCGAGCCCUGUAUGAGCGUUUCGAGGAGGAGCUGGGCAGGAGGCAGGAGCGAGCCAAGGAAGCUCGACCCAAAUGGGAACCGCCAAAGACCAAACUGGAUGAAAAUCCAGGUGUCAGCAGCAGCGAGUCGGACUGCGAGUCCGACGGUGAAGGAAGUUCUUGCUCCAGCGGCUCGGAUUUGGAUGUUUUUGACGUCAUCGCAGAGAUCAAGAGGAAGAAAGCGCACCCCGACCGACUUCAUGAGGAGCUGUGGUACAACGAUCCGGGACAGAUGAAUGAUGGUCCUCUGUGCAAGUGCAGCGCCAAGGCCAGACGCACCGGGAUACGCCACAGCAUCUACCCGGGGGAGGAGCCUGCCAAACUGUGUCGAGGCAUGAACAACAACACCGGCAAGCUGUUCCACUACAGGAUCACCGUGUCUCCUCCCACCAACUUCCUGACGGACCGGCCCACCGUGAUCGAGUACGACGACCACGAGUAUCUCUUUGAAGGCUUCUCUCUCUUCUCCCACGUGCCACUCACCAACAUUCCAUUGUGCCGGGUGAUCCGCUUCAACAUAGAUUACACCAUCCACUUCAUAGAGGAGAUGACGCCCGAGAACUACUGCGUCCAAGGCCUGGAGCUGUUCGCCUCAUACCUCUUCCAGGACAUACUGGAGCUGUACGACUGGAACCUGACGGAUCCAAAUUUGGACAAUGACCCCAGUGAAUCAUGCCAGCGGUUCCACUUCAUGCCUCGAUUUGUUCGCUUCCUACCAGACGGGGGCAAGGAGGUGUUGUCCAUGCACCAGGUGCUGCUCUACCUCCUGCGCAGCAGCAAGCCUCUGGUCCCCGAGGAGGAGAUUGCCGACAUGCUGCAGUGGGAGGAGCUGGAGUGGCAGAAGUAUGCGGAGGAGUGCAAGGGCAUGAUCGUCACCAACCCGGGCUCGAAACCGAGCUCGGUGCGAAUCGACCAGCUGGACCGGGAGCAGUUCAACCCAGACGUCAUCACCUUCCCCAUCAUCGUUCAUUUCGGGAUACGACCUGCUCAGCUCAGCUACGCUGGAGACCCUCAGUACCAGAAGCUAUGGAAGAGCUAUGUGAAACUGCGCCACCUGCUGGCCAACAGCCCCAAAGUCAAGCAACUGGACAAGCAGAAGCUGAUGCAGAGAGAGGAAGCUCUUCAGAAGAUCCGUCAGAAGAACACCAUGCGCCGCGAGGUGACAGUGGAGCUCAGCAGCCAGGGAUUCUGGAAGACUGGCAUCCGCUCCGAUGUCUGUCAGCACGCCAUGAUGCUGCCCGUCCUCACCCAUCACGUCCGCUACCACCAGUGUCUCAUGCACCUGGACAAGCUCAUCGGCUACGUCUUCAAGGAGCGCUGCCUCCUGCAGCUGGCCAUGACGCAUCCCAGCCACCAUCUCAACUUCGGCAUGAACCCCGACCACGCCCGCAACUCACUCUCCAACUGCGGCAUCCGCCAGCCCAAAUAUGGCGACAGGAAAGUUCACCACAUGUACAUGCGGAAGAAGGGAAUCAACACGUUGAUUAACAUCAUGUCUCGCCUGGGACAAGAUGACCCCUCCCCCUCCAGGAUCAAUCACAACGAGAGGCUGGAGUUCCUCGGCGAUGCAGUCGUGGAGUUUCUCACCAGUGUCCACUUGUACUACCUCUUUCCCACCUUGGAGGAAGGAGGCCUGGCCACCUACAGAACAGCCAUAGUGCAGAACCAGCACCUCGCCAUGCUCGCUAAGAAACUGGAGUUGGAUCGCUUCAUGCUCUACGCUCACGGACCAGAUCUGUGCCGGGAGUCGGACCUGCGUCACGCCAUGGCGAACUGCUUUGAGGCCCUCAUUGGUGCUGUGUAUUUAGAGGGCGGCUUGGAGGAGGCCCGGCAGCUCUUUGGAAGGCUGCUCUUCAACGGCCAGGACCUGCGGGAAGUCUGGCUCAACUACCCGUCGCACCCUCUGCAGGUCCAGGAGCCGCAGACGGACAGGCAGCUGGUGGAGACGUCACCCGUCCUGCAGAAACUGACCGGCUUCGAGGACUCCAUCGGGGUGCUGUUCACGCACGUGCGCCUGCUGGCCCGAGCCUUCACGCUGCGGACGGUGGGCUUCAACCACCUGACGCUGGGCCACAACCAGAGGAUGGAGUUCCUGGGAGAUUCCAUCAUGCAGCUGGUGGCCACUGAGUACCUCUUCAUCCACUUCCCCGACCACCAUGAGGGACAUUUAACACUUUUGCGCAGUUCGCUGGUCAACAACCGCACCCAGGCCAAAGUGGCAGAGGAGCUGGGCAUGCAAGACUUUGCCAUCACCAACGACAAAACCAAGCGGCCUGUGGCGCUCCGGACAAAGACCCUUGCUGACCUGUUGGAGUCUUUUAUUGCAGCGCUCUAUAUUGACAAGGAUCUGGAAUAUGUGCACACCUUCAUGAACGUCUGCUUCUUCCCCCGACUGAAGGAAUUCAUCCUGAACCAGGACUGGAAUGACCCCAAGUCUCAGCUGCAGCAGUGCUGCUUGACUCUGAGGACGGAGGGCAAAGAGCCCGACAUCCCUUUGUACAAGACGCUGCAGACAGUGGGACCCUCCCACGCCCGCACCUACACCGUCGCCGUCUACUUCAAGGGCGAGCGUAUCGGCUGCGGCAAAGGACCGAGCAUCCAACAGGCGGAAAUGGGAGCUGCCAUGGACGCGCUUGACAAAUAUAACUUCCCACAGAUGGCUCAUCAGAAGCGCUUCAUCGAGCGCAAAUACCGUCAGGAGCUGAAGGAGAUGAGACGCGAGCGCGAGCGACAGGACGACGACGACGAGCCCGACGACGGCAGGAAGUGAUGACGAGGCGGAACGUCGUCUCCUCAUGCUCGGGCGCGUACUACCGAGGAUGCGCGAGACCGAGGCAGACAUCUGGCGCCAGGUAACGAGAGCAAAACAAAGAGUAGGAGAGCGUCAGCGACAGUUUGCUCGAAGGAAGUGCUCAUGCAAACACCCUCAAUAUGGAAAACAAACGGAGAAGUGCAUAUGAUGAUGAUGAAGAGGACGGCGUAACGGCUGACGAAGCCGAAGCCGUUGAUUCCACUGACGAAGAGGAAGGUUUUGAGAGCGAGAACAAAGGAGAGAGAGUGGCUGACGACGCCAUUUUGGACCUGUUCUUCUACGACACCGACGAAGAGGAUUUCGGUGGUUUUAGUACGCAGGAGGAAGACGAUGACACAAUGAUUAAAGACUGACUUUUCAUAUACCGGUAGUAGGCUGGUUAUUUUGAUAACGUAAACGGCCGCGGGACUGCACUUUUACUGCCGUGUUACAGGCGAGCACUUUGUAUUACUUUGCACCGUUGUAUUAUUUGUACUCUGCACGAAUGCUGUUCGCCAUGUCAAAGUUUGAUUGAAUGAUUGAAAGAUUUAUUGUUAAUAAAUGGGACGCUUUGCGUUCCCAAACAGUCAUCUCUGUCCCGACAAUCCCCUCCGUGGUAGCAGGAACCCCUAUAUACUACGGUAAUUACACAUCAAAACGCCCGCGGCUUAUAGUCUGGUGCGGCUUAUAUAUGGAGCAAUCUGUAUUUUCCCCUAAAUUUAGCUGGUGCGGCUUAUAGUCAGGUGCGCCUUAUAGUCCGGAAAUGACGGUAAUCGAUUAAAUCGAUUAUAAAAAUAGUUGCCACUUAAUUUAGUCAUCGAAUCAUUGGAUCUAUGCUAUGCGCAUGCGCAGAGGCUACUUUAUUUUUAUUUUAUUAUUUUAUUAUUUUUUUUAAACCUUUAUUUAUAAUCUGCAACAUUUACAAACAGCUGAGAAACAAUAAUCAAGAUAAGUAUGGUGCCAGUAUGCUGGGGGUUUUUUUCAAUAAAAUACUGGAAAGGACAGAAAUGUAGUUUGUCUUUUAUCCGAUUAGUAAUCGAUUAAUCGAAGUAAUAAUCGACAGAUUAAUCGAUUAUCAAAUUAGUUGUUAGUUGCAGCCCUAGUCCCUAUCUAGAUUAGCUGUUUUCAACCUUUUUGGCCUCAGGGUCGGGGCCCCCUCAAAUAUUAACAGUGAAUUAGUAAUCUUAUCUACAUCGUAUUAACCACUCAUAUGUAACCUACCCACAGUUUAACAGGAUACACCUUGUCCAAUGAUAUGAAAUCUUACAAAUAUUAUCAAGGCUUAGGUCAGGCUGAUUAGAAAAAUAAAUACUGAUCAAAUAUACUGCAAAAUAAGGUAGUCAUAAAACCAUGACAUACAAUUACACUGUGCUGAAAUAAAUAGACCAAAAAUUAAUGAUAAACUUCAACAAUUUAGUCAUAAUUUUUGCGCUUAAGAAACUUCUGUACGUAACUCCAAAAUUCUUGUUUGUUUGUUAUAGUCAUUACUGCCACGAGUGGUGAAAAAGUGUAUUACAACUGAGUACCGCUGCGGCCCAUAUGAACCUCAGCUGAGAAACAGAUUUUUUUUUGUUGGCCCUAUGGUUAAGAAAACUGAUCUAGAUGAUUGAAAUCUUUAUGGUCAUACAACAAACAUUGCAGUAAUGAUGUUGCUUUAUUAUGUAAGACUAUUAUUAUGUUUGGUUCAUUCACAGAACUGUGCAAUUAAAUACUACAAAAUGAUAUUGAAACUGUGACUAACUUAUAUAUUCCCUGAAAUUUUUCAUAAUUUUGGAUGAAUUAUUUGAGCAACAAUUCUUUUUUUUUUUUUUGAUUCAACAUGUUUAAAAAAAUGUAUUUUCAGUACUGGCAUUUAUUUUAUUU